CAACAGUUUGUGUAUGCAGGUGCCAGAGAUUACACCUUUGAAAUUUGGUCGGGCUAUACUAAGUGAAGUAUGUCCAGAUAGUUUACAAUAAAAUUCGAGAAGUUCAAAAUGAAAAAGUAUCCAUACAUUCCCAGCAUGGUACAAGCUAUCACGGUCUUAACGGUAUUGAAGAUGAUGACUAAAGCUCAAACAUCGUGUGGCUCUGGUUCGAUGAACGGCAAAAUAAUGUACGAGCGACUGCCAAACAUCCAACUCCAAGGCUUUGACGACGACAUAGUAAGAGAUACAGCUCCUCCUUUCAUGGUUUUAGAAAAAUGUCAAGACUUGUGCUUGCGCGAUCGAACUCAAAUCAAUGUUGUUCGUGCUUGUUCAUCUUUCGAUUUUCAACCAGGAAGUCGAAUAGCAACUUACAACAGUGGUACUGAAUACGAAGAAAGUACUUGUUACUUAACAUCGGAAUCAGCCAGACCAGAAGGUAUAGGAAGUCUAAUGCUAGUGCCCAAUAGUGUCCACUUUACUGAAGUUUGUAUAACAUCGAAUAGACCCGAACGAGAAUGUCCCAAUAGAAGAUAUAUUUUCGAGAGACACCCAAGAAAGAAAUUGAAACUUCCGUCUCCCGAUAUGAAAGAAGUAUCUGCUUCCAAUAGAACGGAUUGUGAAGAUAAGUGUCUCAAUGAAUUUAGUUUUGUGUGCCGAUCUGCAACGUACGAUGCCAACUUAAGAAGUUGUUCAUUAAGCAGAUAUACUAGGAGAACGCAUCCAGAAUUAUUAGUGGACGAUCCCGAGUCCGAUUAUUUGGAAAAUACGUGCUUGAAUGCUGAAAGAAGAUGCGACGGUUUAGCAGUAUUCAUCAAAGAAGAAAAUAAAAGAUUAGGCGGUCCAUUUGAGGUAGAAAUGUUUACGAAUCUCACUCUAGACGAUUGCCAAGGAAUGUGUGUAAGGGCAGAAAAAUAUUUAUGCCGGUCUAUAGAAUACGACGAAAUGACUAAACAGUGUACGAUCUCUGAAGAAGAUUCCAUUUCUCAAAAAGAUGAUAUAGGAGUUGCUAGCAGCCCGUCACAUCAUUUUUACGAUUUUGCUUGCUUGGACAGUCAUCAUGACGAUGAUGUUUCAGCCAGAGGAUCUGAGUACCCAGAUAAUUCGGUAACCUCUCAUCUCUUCAGCGGCAAGAAACCUGAUACGGCUUUCCAACGAUAUCGUAAUAGUCGUCUAGGUGGAGAACACCAAUCGGAAAUAUCUGGAAGAUCCCUGAGUGAAUGUUUGGACGAAUGCCUGAGACAACCAAGUUUCCAAUGUAGAUCAGCGGAAUAUAGUGAACGAUAUCGUACUUGUAGAUUAACUCGAUAUAAUCAAAGAGAUGGAAUGAGAAUAAUAUAUGACGCUGAUUACGACUAUUACGAGAAUUUGAUGCUUGGAGGUGAAAAUGACGGUAGCCAACGACCAGGAGAUAAUACAAAUAGUAUCUAUCGACCAGGAGAAGAUAGGUAUUCAGGUGGUGAUCGCUAUAGGCCAGGAAGACCUGGAUCAGGUGGUAGUAGCGGUGAUAGAUAUCCUCCAAAAUAUCCGAACAGAUUCCCUCCAACUACUGAAGGCCACGAUGAUCGAUAUCCCGAAAGACUACCAUUGCCACCUAAUCGUUAUCCAGACUACGAUGAUAGGUAUCCUGAUGAUCGUUACCCUGACAGAAGUAGUUCCAGGUAUCCAGUAGGAUCUCACAGACGCCCAUAUAGCCGACCUCAUUACCCACCGUCUUCGAGUAGCAAGUAUUAUCCUACUGGAUAUCAAUAUGAUGAUAGAUACGAAGAUAGGUAUGGGGAUAGAUAUGGUAAUCGAUAUGUGGAUACAUAUGGUAAACGACCUGGUGGUGGAGAUAGAUAUGAUUAUCGAUACAGGAAUAAAUAUGAUGAACGAUAUGGUGGGGGGAAGUACGGUGAUUAUUAUGGUAGCAGACAUAGAGAAAGAUAUGGGGACAGAUAUGAUGAAAUACCUAGAGGUGAUCUUUAUGGAAGCAAAGACACCUACAAUGGUUACAGAUAUGGGGAUAGAUAUGGUGGUGUUGGAGACAAAUAUGGUAAUGAUGAUUUUGGUAGUCGAUAUGGCGGCACAAGAUAUGGUACACAAUACCAUAAUAGAUACGAUGAUAAAUAUGGUGGUAGCGAUAAAUAUAAUAAUAAAUAUGAUGAUAGAUAUGGAGAUAGAUACGAUUACUAUGGUGAUGAUAAAAACGGUGGCAGUAAAUGGUUUUUCAGACCAGAUAGAAGACCAAGUGGACGUCCUGUAGAUCCGGUGAGACCUUACGAUUCCGGAAGACCAUACACUUCAGGAAGACCGCAUGAUUCAUUAAGACCUUAUGAUUCAUUAAGACCUUAUGAUUCAUCAAGACCUUAUGAUUCAGGAAGACCGUACAAUGGAGAUAGAAGAAGACCUAUUUCUCCCGGACCAGAUGGACCAAUAUAUGAAAAUUAUGGAUCCAAUGGGGGUCAAGGAAAUAUGGGAAAUAGGCCUUUCAAUGUAAGAUGUGAAGAGGGGGAUGAUAAUUUUAGACAAAUGGGUUAUCGUCAAAGAAUGCGAAAAGAGUACGUCAAAAGAGUCCUUUUUGCUCCAUCUUUGAGGGAAUGCGAAAGGGAAUGUAUAGAAUCAAGAGAAUUCAAUUGCCGUUCUUUCAACUACAGAGACUCUCAAUCCAGUGGUUCUAGCACUUAUGAUACAAACAGAGACAAUAGGGAUAAUUGCGAGUUAAGUGACAGAGAUACUAGAGACUUAGAAAUUGAAAAUCCGCAGUACUUUGACGCUAAAGGAAAUUACGAUUUCUACGAAAGAACUAUCGGGAGUGAAGGAGAUUGUUUAGAUGUGAGCCAAAUCUGCAACGAGGAUGGAAUGGAAUUUACUUUAAGAACACCGGAGGGUUUCUACGGUAGAAUAUAUACCUAUGGUUUCUACGAUAGAUGCUUCUUCCGUGGUAAUGGAGGCACACUGAAUGUAUUACGAAUUAGCGGAGCUCAAGGUUAUCCUGAAUGUGGGACGCAGAGAUAUGGUGAUACACUGACCAACAUCGUUGUAGUCCAAUUCAGUGAUUUCGUUCAAACGGGGAAAGAUAAAAGGUUCAAUCUAACAUGUCUAUUUAGAGGUCCAGGGGAAGCUGUUGUAUCGUCAGGUUUCAUUGGGGCUGGCUCUGGAAGUCCUAUACCUAUAGAAUAUCUACCGGCAGAAAAUACACUGAGUUCAAAAGUGCGUUUAAUGAUUCUUUAUCAGGGUCGACCCACAACGACCAUAGCUGUUGGAGACCCCCUCACUUUCCGUCUCGAAGCUCAAGACGGUUAUAACUACGCCACAGAUAUAUUCGCUACGAAUGUUGUAGCUAGAGAUCCAUACUCUGGACGAUCAGUACAGUUAAUUGACAGAUUCGGGUGUCCUGUUGACAGCUACGUCUUUCCGGAACUCGACAAAGGCAGAAGCGGAGACAGUCUCGAGGCGAGAUUUAAUGCUUUCAAGAUUCCAGAAUCGAACUUCCUUGUAUUUGAAGCAACGGUGCGUACUUGCAGAGAUGGAUGUCAACCAGCUUAUUGUCAAAUAGGAUCUGGUAGAUCUGAACCAUCAUUUGGUAGAAGAAAAAGGUCAAUUAACGACAGCCUAAUAUAUGAGGAAAAUAAUCUAGAUACUGAUCUAGAUCCUGUCUCUAAUGAAACCAUGUCUGAAGAAUUGGGUAACCAUUUGUAUAUUAACGAUACGAAUGCAUCUAAAAGUAGUUCAGAAGAAAAACUUGGAAAGAUUAAAGAGAAAGAAGAUGUAAAUGAGGAUAAAGAGUUUGAAGAAAAAGAAUUUGUUCGAGAAAUGAUAGAGGUCUUUGAUUCAAGAGAAGAGUUGCAGCAAGAAGCUCGACGAUCAGAGUAUCUUCCAGAGACAGUAUGCCUUACCCCAGGCGCUUAUCACGGAUUAGUAAGCUCUGUAAUGAUUCUUGUCGCCAUCCUCUUAACAGGUUCUUUAGUAGCCGGGCUCGCUUAUCGAAGGUACUGGCUAGUCAUGAGGAAAAAUAUUCUAGUAGAUAGGUCGAAUUCUAAUUUAUCUACUUCUUAUUGUAAUACUAGCGGAAGUGGCACAUCGAACGUUUCAAUAUUCGGCACCAAGCUACAAAAACAGUUUGCUAGUUUUGGAAGAGCCGCGAAUCUAGCAAGCUUACCAAAACCCGAUCACAAUUUUCCCGAAACAUAUCCUGGUGGUCUGUUCGAUGAUCCUAGUGAACCCAUUUACACAGAUCCCUCUUUGUUUGAAAGAUCUAGGAGUUUAAGAAGUAUUGCUAUUUCAGCUAAGAGGAGAAAAUCUCCAACAUCAAAAAAAUAAUGAUUGAGAAAAUAUAUAUAGUAAAAUAAAACUAGUUCAUAAAGGUAUCGACAAGAAUUAUUCCAAAUAUGUACUUACUGGAAUUUCUGGAAUCGUUUGUGAUAUUUAUACUGAGCACACUGUUUACUAUCCUACUCCAACACAUUACCCUACGUGCUUUUGGAUCGAAUAGCGCGUCAUGUAGUGGUAAUAAAUUAUGUACAAAAUAAUGCACCUCCUAUCUAGAGACUUCCGAUAAACAAUCCAUUAUGCCUAAAUAGUCCUUUCGUAUUAUGUGUUUACGUACUGUCAAGGCUGUUAUUGUUUUUUUUCUUCGGCUAUUUUAAUUUCAUUAAAAUGAAACUGCACUAUGUUCUAACCAAGUUCAUAUUUAUUUAUUUUUCUUUAUACUCCAAUACCUGCUACACACAACUAACUUAACGAUAUAUUAGCAAGUUGCAUUCAACAGUUAUACAAUAUCCAAAUAAAACUAGACAUUUCUGUAUUUACUGAGAGAAUAUUACAACACUAUUCUUAUUUUUUUGUUGCUACAAAGUAAUUUUUUUAAUAUUUAAAGAAUAGCAUAUUUUAUACAACAAUAAUGUGUUUCCUUAUGUUUACUAAAUAGAUAAAGGUAAAGAAUGCUUAUUUACUUUAUUUAGUUUUGACAAAUUACUGAUGCAUACAAUUGAAUGGGACAUUUUGCCGCCUUAUCUAAAAAAUUAAGUUCCUCCUGUUUUGCGCUUAAAUCAGUUUCCAAAGAACUGAAUUUUUCCGCCUGCUUAACAGUUUAUUAUGCCCAUAAUUAGUCGCAUCUCCGAUAUGCUCUUCCCUUCUGGUGUACAUGUCAUCCGAAUCUUAAAACUACAAAAGAGAGCUGUUAGAUAUUUAUUUGGACUAAACAGCAGGGCUCACUGCAGGGAAUUCUUUAAAAGAUUAAAAAUUCUGACUUUUCCUUUCUUACUCAUCUUUGAAUGCAAUUGGCUUAAUCGUAAGCACGAUUCUUUAAUUUUAGAAUGGAUGUUGCACGACUAUUUACUUAGGACCGCGGAUCACUACCUUUACUUAUCUACUCUACGUUCAUAAUUAGUUAAAGGCUCAAUAUUUUACAAUGCAAAAAAAAUGCACAAUCACUUGCGAAUUGAAAUCAAAUCGAUAUCAUCUUUUCCCGCAUUCCGCAAUAAUUUGAGGGCAUAUUUACUGGAAAGUGCCUUCUACUCUGUAAACUACUUCUAUUCUAAUAAUAAUAUUUAAUUUUGGACAUGCUACAUACUGGUUUGAUUUUUGUUAUGGACUUAUAUACUAAUUACUACCCAUUACUAUUUCCUAUCAUUUUGUUACUCAUUAUAGUUUCCUUCUGUAUAUUGAAAUUUUAUUUUAUUUGUGUCUUUAUUUAGUUAUUUUUAUGAUUGUUUUUUAGUUUCUACAAGCGUGUGUCAACAAAUUGUAACAAUUUUUUGAAAAUAAAGCAUUUCUCUCUCCUA